AUGGCUGGUCAAGAUGCCUCAAUGGAGGAGAUCCUCUGGCGGUCUCCCCCGCACGUCCAAAUGAUGGGGGGAUACCUUCACUCCAACAAUGUUCUUUUCUACUUUGCCGAAUCACCUUUCUUCGACCCGACCUCCAACAACGCCUCACUCGCCAUUCAAGCCAACUACAAUGAUUCCUUCCGACAUUUCGUCGAGACGCGCGAAGCAUUCGAGGGCCGCCUGAAAACAAUGCAGGGUCUGGAGUUUGUCGUAUCAUACGAUCCCCUACAAGCAGCUGCACAGACAGACAACCGCUUCGCCCACGAACCCUCCAAUGUCUGGGUGAUCCGCAAGCAGAACCGGCGGAAGAGAAACGGUAUGGACGACGAGGUGACUGUAUUGUCAACGUACUUCAUUGUCGGCGAUUGCAUCUACAUGGCUCCCUCAGUUGCCAGUGUAGUAGGUAACCGAAUUCUAUCCGCCGUCACAUCCCUCUCUCAACUCCUGAAGGCCGCCUCGACCUUACCAACAUUCACCCCUUCCUCCGGACACACAUACAUGCCACCCGGAGCCCGCACCAAAGAAUUACCCGGCACGAAUCAAGCCCCGCAAAGCAAAGAAGCAACCCCCAUGCCAGACACAUCCUUCACCAGCGCAGAUUCCCAAGCAACGACCAAACUAAGCACAAGCACAUCAAAAUCCACCUUCAUGAAUACCCGUAACCUGGCAGAAUCGUUCAAUCUAUUCAGCCGGUUCGGCGACGAGUUCAUGGACGAAAACCCCCUCGUCGGCGAACCGGGCUCUUUCAUCUUAUCGCGCACUGGCAGCGAGACGACCAGUAAAGCUACGACGAAGGCUCCUGCUACGGCGACCGGGACGCCUGCGGCAUUACCGGUUCGAGCUCCGACGCCGCAGGUGCGUGUUGAGACACCUAAGGGCUCGGAGAAGGGUGCUUCGCCGCCUAGUUCUGGUGGUGAUAAGGGGAAGAGGAAGAAAAGUCGGGUUGUGAGUUGA